AUGGCCCCUGUGUUCCUGACAGCCAGGCCCUGCCAGGAAUCGGUGACAUUCAAGGAUGUGGCUGUGGAAUUCACCUGGGAAGAAUGGAUAUAUUUGAACCCAUCUCAGAAAAAGUUAUACAAAGAUGUGAUGCUGGAGAACUACAGGAACUUGGUCUCUUUGGAGAACAAAGAAUUUACAAGAGAUAAGCCUUAUGAAUGUAGUGAAUGUGGGAAUGCCUUCAGGAUUAAAAAACAGCUUCUUAUGCAUCAGAGGAGUCAUAUUAGAAAGGUUCUCUAUGAAUGUAAGGAGUUUGGGAAGACUUUCUUCUGCAACACAGAUCUUAUUCAACAUCAAAUAAUUCAUACUGAAGAGAAACAUUUUGAAUGUAGUGAAUGUGGGAAAGUCUUCAGAAGGAAGUCAGAACUUACUAUACAUCAAAGAAUGCAUACUGAAGAGAAACCUCGUAGAUAUAGUGAAGACAUAGAAACUUUCAAGAGUAAGACACUACUUGCUGUGCAUCAAGGAACUCAUAAAGGAGAGAAACCUUAUGAAUGUAGUGAAUGUGGGAAAACCUUCAGGAGGAAACAAGAACUUAUUGUACAUCACAGAGUUCAUACAGGAGAAAGACCUUAUGAGUGUAGUGAAUGUAAAAAGGCCUUUAGGAGGAAGUCAGAACUUACUGUACACCAGAAAAUUCAUACUGGAGAGAAACCUUUUAAAUGUAGUGAAUGUGUGGAGGCCUUCAGGAGAAAGGCACUGCUUACUGUACAUCAGCGAAUUCAUACUGGAGAGAGACCUUAUAAAUGUAGUGUUUGUGGAAAGGCCUUCAGGAUUAAAGCUGAACUCACUAUGCAUCAGAUAAUUCAUACUGGAAAGAUUCUUUAUGAAUGUAAGGACUGUGGGAAAGCUUUCCACUACAACUCAGAUCUUAUUCGACAUCAAAGAAUUCAUACAGGAGAGAAACCUUAUGAAUGUAGUGUAUGUAGGAAGGCCUUUAGUAUGAAGACAAAUCUUAAAGUGCAUCAAAGAAUUCAUACUGCAGAGAAACCUUAUGAAUGUAGCGAAUGUGGAAAGAGUUUUAGACAGAAGACACAGCUUUAUGUACAUCAAAGACUUCAUACUGGAGAGAAACCUUAUGUAUGUAGUAUAUGUGGGAAGGCCUUCAGUAUGAAGUCGAAUCUUACUUCACAUCAAAGAAUUCAUAAUGGAGAGAUUCUUUUUGACUGUAAGGAUUGUGGUAAGAGUUUCCUCUAUAAUUCAGAACUUAUUCGGCAUCAAAGAAUUCAUACUGGAGAGAAACCUUAUAAAUGUAGUGAAUGUGGGAAGGCCUUCAGUAUGAAGACAAAUCUUACUGUACAUCAGAGAAUUCAUACUGGAGAGAGACCUUAUGAAUGUAGUAAAUGUGGGAAGGCCUUCAGUUUGAAGAAACAUCUUAUUGUGCAUCAAAGAAUUCAUACUGGAGAGAAACCUUAUGAAUGUAGUGAAUGUGGGAAGGCUUUUAGACAGAAGACACAGCUUUAUGUACAUCAGAGAAUUCAUACUGCUAGCAAAGCACGUCCUGGAGAUAAUCCUUAUGAAUGUAAUGAAUGUGGGAAGGCCUUUAGGAAUAAGAAACAACUUGCCAUGCAUCAAAGAAUUCAUGCUGGAAAUAUUCUUUAUGAAUGCAAGGAGUGUGGGAAGUCUUUCUAUUCCAGCAAAGAUCUUAUUCAACAUCAAAGAAUUCAUAUUGGAGAGAAACCUUAUGAAUGUAGUGAAUAUGGAAAGGUUUUUGCAAUGAAGUCAUAUCUUACUGCGCAUCAGAGAAUUCAUACUGGGGAGAAACCUUAUGAAUGUAGCGAAUGUGAGAAAACCUUCAGGAAUAAGACACAACUUACUGUAAAUCAGAGAAUUCAUACUGGAGAGAAACCCUAUCAUUGUAGUAAAUGUGGAAAGGCCUUCAGGACGAAAGGACAUCUUACUGGCCAUCAGAGAAUUCAUAAUGGAGAGAAAUCUUAUGACUGUAAUAAAUGUGGAAAGGCCUUCAGGAAUAAGACACAACUUACUGUGCAUCAGAGAAUUCAUACUUGUGAAAAACCUUAUGAAUGUAGUAAAUGUGGGAAGGCCUUCAGGAUGAAGGAACAACUUACUGUGCAUCAGAGAAUUUAUAUUGCAGAGAAAUCUUAUGAAUGUGCUAAAUGUGGAAAGGCCUUCAGAGUGAAGGCACAUCUUACUAUGCAUCAUAGAAUUCAUACUGGAAAGAAAGUUUAUGAAUGUAAGGAAUGUGGGAAAACUUUCCCCUACAACUCAGUUCUUAUUCAACAUCAAAGAAUUCAUACUGGAGAGAAACCUUAUGAAUGUAGUGACUGUGGAAAGAGCUUUGGGAUAAAGUCACAUCUUACUGUGCAUCAAAAAAUUCAUACUGCAGAGAGACCUUAUGAAUGUAGUGAGUGUGGGAAGACUUUCCACUGGAAUGCAGAACUUAUUCGACAUAAAAGAAUUCAUACUGGAGAGAAACCUUAUGAAUGUACUGUAUGUGGGAAGGCCUUCAGUAUGAAGGCAAAUCUUACUCGACAUCAGAUUAUUCAUACUGGGGAGAAACCUUUUGAAUGUAAUGAAUGUGGGAAAGCCUUUAGACAAAACUCCCAUCUUAAUCAGUCUCAGAGAAUUCAUACUGGAGAGAAGCCUUAUGAAUGUAGCGAAUGUGGGAAGGCCUUCAGGAGGAAGUCACAACUUACUGUGCAUCAGAGAAUUCAUACUGGAGAGAAACCUUAUGAAUGUAGUGAAUGUGGGAAAGCCUUCAGGAGGAAAGCACAUCUUACUGUGCACCAGAGAAUUCAUACUGGAGACAUUCUUUAUAAAUGUAAGGAGUGUGGGAAGGCUUUCCUUUACAACUCAGCAUUUAUUAUACAUCAAAGAAUACAUACUGGAGAGAAACCUUAUACAUGUAGUGAAUGUGCAAAAGCCUUCAGGAGUAAAACACUACUUACUGUGCAUCAGAGGAUUCAUACUGGAGAGAUUCUUUAUGAAUGUAGGGAAUGUGGGAAGGCUUUCGCAUAUAACUCAGAACUUAUUCGACAUCAAAGAAUUCAUACUGGAGAAAAACCUUAUGAAUGUAAUUUAUGUGGAAAGAGCAUUCAUACUGGAGAGAGACCUUACAAAUGUAAUGAAUGUGGGAAGACCUUCCGACUGAAGAUACAUCUUACUCAACAUCAGAGAAUUCAUUCAUAA